AUGACCUCCAUAAUGCAGAUGAUCACGCUCGGCAGUGUCACUUUUUGCUUGAUCGGAGGUGUGGCGGCCCUGUCAGCCGAGCAGUCUUUCUACCCUCCGGCGCUCAACAACACCGCAUACAUCGCCAACAGCUCAAUUGGCACGUAUGGCGGUAUUUAUCGGGCACCAACAAAUGGGCCCACAGAAGGAACGCCGUAUGGUAUCUAUGACUACUGCUCUAUGCCUCACCCCCGUGCCCAGGAGUAUGCUCUGCCCGAGCCCCUGGAGCAGGGCCGUGCCAAGGGCAAAUUGGUCUACCUCGAGUACCUACAGCGGCAUCAGCGACGGUCCCCGUACAAUAUCUUACCGGAGGGAGAGAACCAGGCAUAUCAGUGCGACAGCGUUCGUCCGUACCUGUACGCGGGCCCGAACGCGGCCAGUGGCGUGCAGCCGAUACCUAUGUAUGCCCAGACAUACCAGGAUCACACCAAUCCGUUUACUCCAGGCGUGAAUGGCACCUGUCAGUACCCACAGAUCACCAUCGGUGGAGUGCAAGAUGGCUAUCGGCACGGCCGGGACCUAUGGGCUGUGUACGGCCAGAAGCUGGGCUUGAUCCCUAGAGAGCCCAACAGUCGCGUCUGGUUCCGGUCGAGUAACUCGCCGCUUACCCAGGCCACUGCGGGCGCGGUACUGCGCGGAGUUUGGCCCGAGUAUCACGGUGCAUUGCCUUUGCAUCAAAUGGUCUCGUCGGUCGACACGGUCAACGAGGGCUACUCAUGUUCUGCCGUCAGCUCGACGCUGAGCGAUAUUGAGUCGACGACAGAGUGGAAGGCGCAUCUAAAUGUUACCGCAGAGCUUCGGUCUAUUCUUGGCUCGAUGCUAGGCGCCACCGAUAGCUCCUGGCAAGGCACUUUUGACCAUUUCUCUGACAAUUUUCAAGCCCGUCUUUGUAACGGAUAUGAACUUCCGUGCAGCGUAGCCAAUGCAUCUAACUGCGUUACGGUGGACAUGGCCGAAGAGGUCUUUCGUGCGGGUGACUGGGAAUGGAAUUACUACUGGCGCACCAAUCCGGACGCCGUCAAGUAUAUUCAAGUGGUAGAGGGCUUGUUCAUUGGCGAAAUCAUCUCACGGUUACAAGCCGUAAUAGACGGAAAGUCUACGGUUGAUUACAGUCAUAUCUUCAUCCAUGACGGAGACAUUGGGCCGAUUCUAGGCGCGUUGGGUAUUGACGUGCUGCGGUGGCCCGCGAUGGGGUCUAACAUUGCUUUUGAAAUAUGGGAAACCAAAGAGAAGCAGAGUCCGUUCUAUGCUAGGGUUUUGUACAGUGGUCAUCCGGUGCAGUCUAUAUAUGGGACACUUGACUGGGUUCCCCUUUCACAGUUGGUCGACAUUUUGAAACGUUACGUGCCAGAUGACAUAGUCUCUCUUUGUGGGUAG